AUGUGUAACCUUGCAAACCAAAUUCAACACAAUAACAUUUGCAUCAAACAUUUGAAGAAAUCCUCUCUUGCAAUACCAUCAAAACAAUGGCUUACUGGUCAGCAGAAAAUGCUACAAAGGCCUAUCUCAGCACUAUGAAAAUGGGUCAAAAGGCAAAAGAACCUGCUGUAGCUGAAUUUAUAUCAGCAAUAGCAGCUGGAAACAAUGCACAAUUAAUGGUUGUAACUUGUGCUGGUGCAGCAGAUACAACAACACUUGCAUUAGUUUCUGCUGCUAAUCAAACUAAUGGCAAAGUAAUAUGCAUUGUUCCUACCAACGAAGAUCUAAUCACAUCUAAAAAAAUCCUAGGAGCAGCUUCUAAUCAAGUCCAAUUCAUGAUUGGAAAAGAAGCAUUAUUGGUGUUAAACAAAGCUGAUUUUGUGUUAAUUGAUUGCAACCAUAUGAAUCAUGAAGAGAUUGUUAAAUGUGUUCAAAUUGGUUGUUGUAAACAAAAAGGUACAGUUGUUGUUGGUUACAAUGCAUUUAGUUCUAAAGGGUCAUGGAGAUCUUGUGGAUCAAAAACUCAAUUGCUUCCUAUUGGACAAGGGUUGUUGGUAACAAGAUUUGGAGAGAAUAAUGCUAUUAGUCCUAAAUUUGAAUCUGGAAUGAGUAACAGCCCUCGAAGUCGUUGGAUUGUGAAGGUUGAUAAAUGUACUGGUGAAGAACAUGUUUAUAGAGUUAGACUUCCCCAAGGAAAAGUGAUUUAUGCUUGAUUACAUUCAUGUUGGUUAUUUAGGGUGCACAAGGUCAACUAGAUUAGGAUUUGGACCGUUGUUGGAUCGAGAUCGAACGAAUUGUACUACAACUUUGAUAAAUCAUGUUCAAAAUGUACACAAGCGGAUCAAUCUUGAUUUGACAGUUCAUAUCGGCAAUGGCGUGACUGCAGAGAUUUUGAACUCAACAAUCGAUUCUACAUUAAGUUUUUUGGGAAAUGUAAUAGUGAACAAUUUUGUUAUAUUAUAAGGAAACUUGGAGUGACUCGUAUUUCAAUUCAAUUGUACAAAGAAA